AUGUUAGCCGACUACCUACGUCCUGUUACUUAUCGGUUAGCAAUUGGAAGAGCACAGCAGUUCAGAUCACGAUCAUGGUGGAUCGUCUACCUUGUGGACAUCAUUGCCGGCUUAGCUCUCUUCUUAUAUGUUGAUUGUGAUAAAGCUUAUGACGACUUUUGGCGACAUGCAGACGAACUUGUCGCCGGACUCGAUAGGCUUCUUAUGGACGAGAAAGAUGAAACUACGAGUUUACUCUCAGCAACUCAGUCUACUGUUUACGGUACCGCUGCAGCAGCAGCGGAUACUGUUCUAGAUCCUGUGGAACCAGUAACACUCUCAUGGAAAAGUAUACGCGUUUCUGUUACGAAAGGAGGCAGACAGUUAUUACAUGGUGUCACCGGAUUAGCUCGACCUGGCGAGUUGUUGGCGCUUAUGGGAGCGAGUGGAGCUGGCAAAACAACAUUGCUUAACACUCUUCUAUCACGGAAUCUCAGAGGACUAACAAUCGAUGGUACUGUAGCAGUGAACGGAAAUGUGAUUGGACGUGAAAUAACAGCGAUCUCUGGCUACGCUCAACAGGAGGAGAUGUUUGUGGGCACAUUAACCGUUCGCGAAUACUUGAUGAUCCAGGCUCGUCUGAGAACGAAUCUGGUUGCUGAAAAACGAGAAAAACGUGUGAAUGUUGUGCUUUCACAGCUUGGUCUCACAAAAUGUCAGAAUACCAGAAUUGGAGUAGCCGGUGUCCUGAAGGGAAUUUCUGGAGGAGAGGCACGACGGCUUACCUUUGCAUGCGAAAUCUUGUCGAAUCCAGCAUUGUUGUUCUGUGAUGAGCCAACUACCGGACUCGAUUCGUUUAUGGCCGAGAAUGUGGUACAAGUGCUCUCAAAAUUGGCGAAAAACGGGAGGACGGUUGUCUGUACUAUCCAUCAACCAGCUUCGCAACUCUAUCUAAUGUUUGACAAAGUCAUGUUUCUUGCCGGCGGUCGAACCGCAUUUCUCGGCACACCGCGAGACUGUAUUAAAUUCUUCGAAGAAUGUGAUGCACCAUGUCCGCAUAACUACAACCCGGCUGAUCUAAUCAUCCAUACUCUAGCCGUAGUGCCUCAUGAGGAGGAGAUUUCCCGACAGCGUAUCGCUGAAAUUUGUGAUACGUAUGAAAACGGGGAACAUGGGUUUGCUGUACGCGAGGCUGUGCUUAGACUGCCCGUUACCGAGGUCCCACAUGGUCGUCGUAGGCUCGAUUUUUUCACGCAGGUUGCAGCACUUCUUCAUAGAUACUCCCUGGAUAAUAUGAGAAAUCCGUCGUUGGCUAGGGCAAAACUGCUACAGAAGUUCGUCAUGGGUCUUUUCAUAGGAUUGCUUUAUCUCAGGACCCCUCUAACGUUUGUUGGAAUUGGGAACAUCAACGGUGCACUUUUCUACAUUGUCGCUGAACUAACAUACUCGACAUUGUUUGGAAUCCUUACUUGUUUACCAGGCGAUUAUCCGCUUGUCGUAAGAGAAUACCAUGAUGGAAUUUACUAUAUAUUUAGCUACUAUUUGGCUAGAAUCCUCUCUUACGUACCGCUAUUCAGUCUUGACGGAUUGUUAAUGUUGUACGUUUGCUACUGGAUGGUUGGAUUCUCCAGUUCGGUCAUUCAGGUGGUUUUCGCCACGGUCAUCGCAUUCCUCAUCGAACAAUCUUCAUCUGCUUUUGGUGUGAUGCUGUCAUGCAUCUCUCCAUCCUAUCCAGUGGCAGUCUCUCUGGCAGGUCCCCUCCUUACUCUGUUGUCUCUUACUGGUGGUUUCUAUGCAAACGUUGGCUCCCUACCUCCAUAUGUCGCAUGGAUUCAGUACUUGAGUUGGUUCAGAUAUGGCUUUGAGGCACUCGCAAUUAAUCAGUGGAACAACGUAAACAAUGCGAAUUCUACUUUUUGGAACGAUCAGAUACGAGACGACGUGCUGUCGAGGUUUUCGUUCAAGGCGGAUCGUUUUGCGCUCGAUCAGUUGCUUAUGGUUGCAUUCAUCCUCGCAUUCUACGCUAUCGGUUACUUCGGACUUUGGAUUCGCGUCUACCUGUCGCGAUAA